AUGGCCUAUGUAAAGCCAGAUCUCCUCAAAGUUGAUUUUGAAAGUGUGCUCAGUUCAUAUUCAUACAAGUUUUUGGGUAUUCUUGGAUCAGGUUCUUUCGGAAUUGUAGUUAAAGCCGAACAUCUAGAUUCUAAACCUAAAGAGAUGGUGGCGAUCAAGUUUCACUCGAAAGCGAGCAGCUACAAUGAUACAGAGCAUCAGAUUCUGAAAACUUUGCAAUCCAAAGCUAGACAUCCUCAUAUUGUUAAUAUUCAAAAAAUUUUGGAUGAACAUACCUAUGCUUUUGAGUUUUGUAAUGGCAAUUCAUUGGAAGAGCAUAUUAGGCUGCAUGGUCACAAAUCAAUUCAAUCUUCAACCUUGAAAUCCUAUGUAGUUCAGCUGGUCUCUGGACUUUCCUAUCUUCACAGUUUGAAAUUAAUUCACAGAGAUAUCAAACCAGCCAACAUCUUACUUCACACUAAAAACAGCAAUACUAGUAACAAUAAUACUCCCACUAAAGAUAAUUCCAAAACUAUUCUCAAAUUUGCGGAUUUUGGUUUAUCAAAACAAAAUGAAAGUUAUAGUGAUCAAAUGGAUUCCCACGUAGGAACACCGUUAUACUCUGCACCGGAAGUUUUCCAUAAAGGCUAUCAUAGUGGUGUCGAUAUCUAUUCACUUGGUUUAACUUUUCUAUACAUGGCGAAUCCAAAUACGUUUGGCAGUCGCAGACCUGUAUCAGAGAAGGCUCAAGAAUUAAAAGAUAAAGAUUUCGCUGAUCUUUUGUCAAAGAUGACCGAAUACAAUCCGAAUGCAAGAAUCUCUUUGUAUGACAUUCCAGAGUGCAACUGGAUUCAAUCGAUCGAUAUUAAAUUAAUAAUUUUCAAUACCAAUGCGCAGCACGUUAUCAAAUUAAGAAAUUUAAAACAAAUAAUAAACAAUACAUUUAUACCAUCGCCAGAUUGGAAAAUCAAUAUGAGCGAUCACAAAGUAUUUGUAAUAUUUUUGGAUAGUUUUGAUCUCUUUCCAUUGGAAGCAAUCAAUAGCUUUAGACCUUAUUACACUGUUCAAAAAGUAGUUUUAAUUAGUACAAUUGAGCCAGUUUUAAAGUCACAUUUGGAACUUCCAAAUAGUUUCGUCGUUGAAGAAAUACCAGAUCUUGACUGUGCAAAGAAAUGUGCCGAUGUUCUAUCUCCAUUCUUUAUUGAUUUCACCCAAAAGUCUAAUCUAUUCCAUGAUAGUUGGACACAAACACUUUCAGUAUUUCUCAAAACAAGAUUGGGUGAUCCAGAAAUUUCAAAAAAUAUAGAACAUUUGAAAACCUUUGGUAUUCCAGAUCCUAGUUCUACACCAGCAAAUUUACAAGAUAUGCCAUUUUACAUUCAACAAUUUUUUGGAGGACCGUUUUUCGUUAAUAUGAAGCAAGAUAAAAUUGAUGUAACAAAGUAUGUUGCAAAAGAAAGUGAUACAGAUACAUACAUAAAAGAGGUCAAAAACCUACAGUCCAUACUUUUUGAUAGUAAAAACGCAUUCGAAAAAUUCUUCUCUGAUUUCGACAUAUCCGUUCGAUUUUUGUUGAAAACAUUUGACAAACAAAUACCUUUUGAGUAUCAGAUUCUAUCGCUAUUUAGGUUAAUUAACAAACAAACAGACAAAAAACCAGCAGAUAGCAAUCAAAUGAUAAGUAAUGUUCCAUUAACGGAUAAACAAUCGAGAACUAUUAUCAGUUUAGAAGAGCAAAUUGUAAAAGUAAAGAAAGUGAAUGAAACUAAAUCCGUUGAAAUCGGAAAGUUGCAGGAGACUCUGAAAUCGUUGGGAGGCGAUGCCAACCCCGAAAACGCCAAGAGUGAACUGAGAGAGAGCAGUGAUAUUCACCCAGAGAUUGUUACUGACCAAGUCAUCGAUAGUCUAAAAGAAAACCUAGAGAAAAGCAAGAAAGAACUAGAAGAUCUAGAGACAGAGUCAAAAAUGAAAAAUUGGAGUUCCGAAGCCGGAAAGAUAAAGCUUGCCAUCGAUUUGAACAAAAGAAAGAAACAAAGACAGGAAAAGCAGAUUGAAGAUGAUCAGAGAGCCAUUGCCCAAACUGAUAGGAGUAGAAAAGAGAUGUUGGAAAAGAAAAGAAAAGAAAUGGAGGAAUACGAUCGAAAAAUUGCUGAACUAACAGAAAAGAUUGCAAAAAUUAAAAAUACACCUAAAUAUUUUUAA